AUGCAAGGACUGCACAAAAAUCUACGUUACACCCAACUACGCGAGGUCGACCCCUUUGCAGCGGAAGCGCAAGUGGAAGCCUACGAGCAAUACGUACGGGAUGCCUUCAAUCAAAGGCCAGAUACUCUCAGCCGCACGAUCAACAUACUCGUACACGACAUCAACUUCAUCAAGAUCAAGGAGAGCGAUGGUGACUUGAGAUGGAGAUUCGACGCAGCCUUCGUUCUCGCGAGGCAGAUAUAUGAAGCACUGCUUAAGUACAGCUACGGCAGGACUCCAUUGGAUGGUCGCAUAUGCUUGGCACUGCAAGCCGCCGAUAGCCAACUGAGUGUCAUCAUCGAGGAGAUGCUUGAAAAUUCCGGAGGCAAGGUGGAUUUGAGAAACGCUCAUGAUGAGAUCUGGUUUGUGCGGUAA